UAAAAAUAGACGCGUAAAACAGCCAUACCAGUAGUGUGAUGUGGGUGGGUUUCUUUCUUUCUUUUUUUUUUUUUCCUAAAUCCUCUGGCAACAAACCACUCACUGGGAUUUGAUACCGUACUUUUUUUUUUAAAGCAUAUUUAAACUCACACACUUUAUGUAAUGAGGAUUUUAGUGUAGGGUUUUUCUGCAGAGUACCAUUUGGUCCUACCAAGAACAGUCUGUUCAAAUGUUUGAGCCUUUGAUUGAAAGAUCUUUCUUAGUCUUUUUAAAGAUAGCUUAUGAAUGAUUAGAAGAAUUGAUUCUUUCUGAGACUCCUCGGAACGUUCCCUAUAAAAGCUGUAUCUUGCCGUAUACUUGUGAAUAAGAACCGUACCUCUUGAAACCACUAUCAGACCUGGGAGUUGAAAAGAAGCAGGUGCUGAGCUGUAAUUUUUUCCCCGCUUAAGAAAAUGGGCUGUGAUCGGAACUGUGGGCUCAUUGCUGGUGCUGUCAUCGGCGCCGUGCUGGCCGUGUUCGGAGGGAUUCUGAUGCCAGUCGGAGACAUGCUCAUUGAGAAUACCAUUAAGAAGCAAGCUGUACUCGAAGAAGGUACAGUUGCCUAUCAAAAUUGGGUUAAAACUGGCUCAGAAGUUUAUAGACAGUUUUGGAUCUUUGACGUGCAAAACCCAGAGGAAGUGGUUGUGAACAGCAGCGCAAUUAAGGUUAAACAAAGAGGUCCUUACACAUACAGAGUUCGUUAUCUAGCCAAAGAAAAUAUAACCCACGACUCUGAGAGCCACACAGUCUCUUUUGUCCAGCCCAAUGGUGCCAUCUUCGAACCUUCACUUUCCGUUGGAACAGAGAAUGACACUCUCACUGUUCUCAAUCUGGCUGUAGUGGCUGCAGCCCAUCUCUAUCCAAGUGCAUUUGUUCAAGUGGUACUCAAUUCACUUAUCAAAAAGUCAAAAUCUUCUUUGUUUCAAAAAAGAACUGUGAAAGAGUUUUUGUGGGGCUAUAAGGAUCCGUUCUUGAGUUUGGCUCCAUACCCUGUUUCCACAACAGUUGGUGUGUUUUAUCCUUACAACAACACCGCAGAUGGAGUUUAUACAGUUUUCAGUGGGAAAGACAACAUAAACCAAGUUGCCGUAAUUGACACUUAUAAAGGUAAAAGGAAUCUGUCCUAUUGGCCAAGCUAUUGUGACAUGAUUAAUGGUACAGAUGCAUCCUCAUUUCCACCUUUUGUUGAGAAGACGCGAGUAUUGCGUUUCUUUUCCUCUGACAUUUGCAGGUCAAUCUAUGCUGUGUUUGGAGCUGAAAUUAAUCUGAAAGGAAUCCCUGUCUAUAGAUUUGUUCUUCCACCUGUGGCCUUUGCAUCUCCACUUCAAAAUCCAGAUAACCAUUGUUUCUGCACAGAAAAAGUUAUCUCAAAAAAUUGUACGUCAUAUGGUGUGCUAGACAUUGGCAAAUGCAAAGACGGAAAACCUGUGUACAUUUCACUUCCUCAUUUUCUACAUGCAAGUCCUGAUGUUGGAGAACCUAUUGAAGGCUUAAGUCCAAAUGAAGAGGAACAUAGCACAUACUUAGAUGUUGAACCUAUAACUGGAUUCACUUUACGAUUCGCAAAACGGCUACAAAUCAACCUAUUGGUCAAGCCAGCAAAAAAAAUUGACGUAUUAAAGAAUCUGAAGCGAAACUAUAUCGUGCCUAUUCUUUGGCUUAAUGAGAGUGGUACCAUUGGUGAUGAAAAUGCAGAAAAAUUCAGAAAACAAGUGACUGGAAAAAUAAACCUCCUUGGCCUGGUAGAAAUGAUCUUACUCAGUGUUGGUGUGGUGAUGUUUGUUGCUUUUAUGAUUUCAUACUGUGCAUGCAGAUCAAAGAAAGUAAAAUAAGCAAUAAAUGAGUUUUUACCUUUAUGCACCAGCUACGUCAGGACCUUUGUUACUAUUGGCCUACAAAACGAAGAGUUAAUAGGCUUUAUUUUUACAAAACACACCUUAUCUCCUAGUCGAAGAAAUGGUGGCAUUAUUAUUUUUUGCACUAAGCAGCAGCACAUUUCUAAAGGUUUUAAGAUGUUGUUAAAUUCCAUGCUUUGAACACAAAACUGGAACCUUUUAAAAUUCAUCAUGUGCACAAUCGAAUUGAUUUCAGUUUCUGUAGACCUGGCUCAAGCAUAAACCAACUGUUUUUAUUUGGUACUGAUUCACUAACUGACUGGUUCCCUGGUGGCAAAUUCAGCAGAGUGGACGUUCUCAACAAAUCUUGGACCCUGAACUCCUGUCUUCUUUAUCAAGGGAAAACCAUCAAUGUCCCUGUUCAGUUGCAAUAGAUUGACCCCAGGACUGUCAGUAUAUCACAGUUCACGAGCACCAACUAUUUUGAAAGACAUUUAAGAAUGGAAAGUAAAAUUAUAUAUUACUCAAGUUUCUUUCUCUUUGGAAUCCUUUGUACAGCAACAGCAGGCUUUGUAACCAUUUUCUUACUGCAUAACAAUAUGGGCUUAUAUUUUGUCACUGUUUAUGCAAAUGGACAUCAUUUUUAGCACAUUUUGGCUCUUUGUGUUUAAGGACUUUGUCAUCUUCCACGUUCUGCAGCUUUUCUGGCAAUAUGAAUAGAUUGUGUUCUUUCUACUCAGUUACAUACAACAUGCUUGGCAACCUCAGAGUGCUGUGCUAGGUAUUAAGAGAUGUAAAUGAUAAUAAAGGAAUUGUAUGAAAGAUUAUCAGGAGUAGAAUGUGCAUUAACAGUUAUUUGUUAUAAUAGCUCUUGCUUUCAUAGUCACCUCAGAAUGGUCUCAACCAGUAAAAUAUGUUCUUCCUCAAA